AACCGGAAGAUCCUACCUGUACCGGUAGCUGUUAUACGUGGACUGAGUGUUGUUGAUAGGAUAGAAUCCAUGUACACAGUCAUCAAAAACGCUGCAGUUUUGAUUCCAGUUCUUAAUAAGAGUAAUCCCAAAUGUUAAUGUGAACCCUAGAUAUCAAAUCUUACCUUGCCUUUAGUGAUGAACAUGGAAGAACAUUCAUCAGAUUCAAUCCGUCGCUCAUGGAAAGAGAAGUCGAUCGGAGCUUCAAGCAACAACUCUGGCAAUGUUGGCAUGGCAAGGAAGAAGUUCACACAUCCAAGCUGUUAUUGUGGAGCUCAUGCGAUUCUCUUUGAAUCCACCACAUCAAAUAAUCCAAAUAGGUUAUUCUUUGGUUGCAGUUAUUUCAAGACUCCUUCAACGCAUUGCAAAUAUUUUAAGUGGCUGGAUGAGCUGAUAACUGAGUCUGGCUAUACAGUGGUAGAAGUCCAAAAAACGAAAGUUCAUGGGAGAUUGAAGGAGUUGGAGGACAAAGUUAAAGAGAUGGAGAUUAAGCUAUAUAAUGGAGUUCAUGGAAGAAGAUACACUAGACAUAAUAGAUGUAUUAUCAUGGCAUUUUUUAUUGUUGUUGUUGGUGGAAUUUUUGUUACUGCACUUCAGCCUAAUAGGAUGUAA